UGGGGAAAGUCCUUAGCUGUUCAUAAUGGGAUUUUGGGGGAUGCAAUGGCCGACAGGAGACGUCUUCUCUCUGAGUGGAUACAGGCAGUAGGGUAUGAUACCAGCUCUCUUUUACUGUAAUGGAUGCCAGACAGUUUUUUUUCCUGUUGCAUAACAAAUACAAAAUUGUUUAGAAAGUGUUAAAUCAGAUGUCAUGUGAUACUGUAAGCUGCCAUUUACUGUAGCUGAAGAUAACCGAAUCAUGGCAGCAUUCAAUUCAUCUAGCACUUAGGCUAAUCUUGUCACCUCAGAUAUAAUCACAUACUGUUGGACUUUUGCUUCGCCGCCCAAGCAGGUGGUGACCGCAGAACGUCUCCUGUUUGUCCUUGUGUGCUGUGACAGUUUUUAGGAUGCGUUCCUUAAGGAAGACUGUGUUGUUGGCCAUUGUGGCGUCGGUGGUGUUGGUGGUGGCCCUCCUCCAUUCCUGGCCCACCCGGGCCUACACCACUGUGGAUGUCUGGCAGAGACCAGGGCCUGCAGUAGAGAGGUUCCCAGAACUAGACCACAGAUCUGCCAACAUCCCCUAUCGCGUGAAGGAGAGUGUUGCAGGGUCAGUAUUUGAUAUAAGGCCUUUGAAAUUAUUCCUUUUUUAAAAUCUGAAAUAUUCUGACUCAAUAAACGGAUGAUUUGGUGGAAAUCAUGUUUCAUUGUCAUUUGAUUGAUGAAGUCCUAUCGUCCCUUUCGUCUGUCUCCAGUCUGUUGGCACGUAACGGAUGUGUGUGUGAGGGUGAGAGUGGGGGCAUGAACCUGCCCUUUGCCCAGCUGCUGUUCCCCCGGGUGUCGGCCCACCCCCUGCACACUGCCUUUGAGGCCUCUGAGCUGGAAGAGAUGAAGAAACGGAGGGCCAAGGAGUACCAGGGCUUCCAGAUGAGGUGAGAGCAAAGCACAGAACUGAAAGGGAAGGACUUCCCAUAUAUCAUCGUAGGUAUUCCUUACCCUAGGGGAAGUUGCUGUGUCUGUCCUUUCAUGUGAUUAAAUCCCAAGCUUUGAAAUUCUUAGGUUUAGGUUAAACUUGCUGUAGGUCUUUUGAAGGAGAUGAUGUCAUUGGGUUAUGCUCAACAUUACCCCAUCUUUGAAACAAAUAGUCUAAUAGGGUUCAUGAGGCUUUAGUCUAGCUGUAAUAGCUUUGAGUGCUGAUUAUUAAACUGGUGUGUAUCUGUCCCCUACAGAUCUCAGACUCCUGCAGAUAUGCUCAUCGUGGCCGAGGCCAACAAUCCUCUGCAGUACCCAACACAGGGGGUGGAAGUACGGCCGCUCAAAACCAUCCUCAUCCCAGGUCUGACCAAUAACAGGGAUUAGCUUAAUUUGACCUUGACAUACAGUGCAUUCGGAAAAUAUUCAGACCCCUUGAAUCUUUCCACAUUUUGUUACGUUACAGCCUUAUUCUAAAAUGGAUUAAAUAAAUAAAACAUCCUCAUCAAUCUACACACAAUACCCCAUUAUUACAAAGUGAAAACAGGUUUUUGGAAAUGUUUGCAAAUUUAUAAAAAUAAAAAACUGAAAUCACAUUGACAUAUUCAGACCCUUUACUCAGUACUUUGUUGUAGCAACUUUGGCAGCGAUUACAGCCUUGAGUCUUCUUGGGUAUGACGCUACAAGCUUGGCACACCUGUAUUUGAGGAGUUUCUCCCAUUCUUCUCUGCAGAUCCUCUCAAGCUCUGUCAGGUUGGAUGGGGAGCGUCACUGCACAGCUAUUAUCAGGUCUGUCCAGAGAUGUUAGAUCGGGUUCAAGUCCGGGCUCUGGCUGGGCCACUCAAGGACAUUCAGAGACAUGUCCCGAAGCCACUCAUGCGUUGUCUUGGCUGUGUGCUUAGGGACGGUGUCCUGUUGGAAGGUUAACCUUUGCCCCAGUCUGUGGUCCUGAGCGCUCUGGAGCAGGUUUUCAUCAAGGAUCUCUCUGUACUUUGCUCCGCUCAUCUUUCCAUCAAGCCUGACUAGUCUCCCAGUGCCUGCCGGUGAAAAACAUCCCCACAGCAUGAUGAUGCCACCACCAUGCUUCAACGUAGGGAUGGUGCCAGAUUUCCUCCAGACGUGACACUUGGCAUUCAGGCCAAAGAGUUCAAUCUUGGUUUCAUCUGACCAGAGAAUCUUGUUUCUCACGGUCUGAGAGUCUUUAGUGGCUUCCGUCUGGCCACUCUACCAUAAAAGGCCUGAUUGGUGGAGUGCUGCAGAGAUGGUUGUCCUUCUGGAAGGUUCUCCCAUCUCCACAGAGGAACUCUGGAGCUCUGUCAGAGUGACCAUCGGGUUCUUGGUCACCUCCCUGACCAAGGCCCUUCUCCCCUGAUUGCUUAGUUUGGCCGGGCGGCCAGCUCUAGGAAGAGUCUUGGUGGUUCCAAACUUCUUCCAUUUAAGAAUGAUGGCCACUCUGUUCUUGGGAACCUUCAAUGCUGCAGAAAUGUUUUUGUACACUUCCCCAGAUCUGUGCCUCGACACAAUCCUGUCUCGGAGCUCUACGGACAAUUCCUUCGACCUCAUGGCUUUGUUUUUUCUCUGACAUGCAGUGUCGACUGUGGGACCUUAUAUAGACAGGUGUGUGCCUUUCCAAAUCAUGUCCAAUCGAUUGGAAUACACCUGUGGUUAAUUCAAUGAAGUUGUAGAAACAUCUCAAGGAUGAUCAAUGGAAACAGGAUACACCUGAGCUCAAUUUCGAGUCUCAUAGCGAAGGGUCUGAAUACUUAUGUAAAUAAGGUAUUUCUGUUUUUUAUUGUUAAUAAAUGAGCAAACAUUUCUAAAAACCUGUUUCUGCUUAGUCAUUAUGGGGUAUUGUGUGUAGAUUUAUCAGGGAAAAAUUUAAUUUAAUCAAUUUUAGAAUAAGCCUGUAACUUAACAAAACGUGGCAAAAGUCAAGGGGUCUGAAUACUUUCCGAAUGUAUCAGUAAGUUUAUUUGAAGCGGGCUAUCUAAUAUAGAUGCAUGUUUGAAAAAUGUUAGAGAAAGAAUUAGUACCCAAUCCAAGUGACAUGCAUGAACCUUUAGGGCACUAAAACCUUUGUAUUUUACCCCCUUUUUCGAUCUUGUCUCAUUGCUGCAAUUCCCCAAUGGGCUCGGGAGGAGAAGGUCGAGUCAUGUUUCCUCCGAAACAUGACCCGCCAAACCGCGCUUCUUAACACCCGCCCGCUUAACCCGGAAGCCAGCCGCACCAAUGUGUCGUGGGAAACACUGUUCAUCUGAUGACCGAGGUCAGCCUGCAGGCGCCCGGCCCACCACAAAGAGUCACUAGAACGCAAUGAGCCAAGUAAAGCCCCCCUGGCCAAACCCUCCCCUAACCCGGAUGACACUGGAACAAUUGUGUGCCGCCCUAUGGGACUCCCGAUCACGGCCGGUUGUGAUACAGCCCGGGAUCAAACCCGGGUCUGUAGUGACGCCUCUAGCAUUGCGAUGCAGUGCCUUAGGGCUCCUGAGUGGCGCAGCGGUCUAAGGCACUGCAUCUCAGUGCUUGAGGCAUCACUACAGACCCCCUGGUUCAAUUCCAGGCUGUAUCACAACCGGACGUGAUUGGGAGUCCCAUAGGGCGGCACACAAUUGGUCCAGGUUUGGCCGUUGUAGGGCGUCAUUGUAAAUAAGAAUUUGUUCUUAACUGACUUGCCUAGUUAAAUAAAUAAAAAAUUAGACUGCUGCGCCACUCGGGAGGCCCACUAAAACCUAUAAUAGUCUUGAUUAAAAUGUCCAUCCCUUAUGGAAACGGGAGUUGCUUUGGACACAAGCAUUAGGUUCUAUACAGUGGGUUGAACUCCUGCAGGUCACCAGGGCAGGGCAUCGUGUGAUUUAUGAGUGCUGAGUAGUUGCUUAGUGCUGACCCUCUUUGAAUGGCCUUUUCCCUAUAUUGAUUUCUUCCUAUUGACCACACUAAAGGCAGGUUGGGCAUCCCCACUCAGCCCCCUCUCGCUAAGUUCUACCCUGUGAGGUAGAGGACUUGGAGCAAGAAAAACUCUCACCUCACCUGCAGUAUGGUGCUAGGAUGUGAUGGUGAUCCAUCUCCUCUCCCUAUCCACUAUACACACUCUCCCUACCCCCUAAUACAUUUGUUGUUAUGGGGUAUUGUGUGUAGAUUGAUGAGGGGGAAAAAAUAUUUAAUCCAUUUUAGAAUAAGGCUAUAAGGUAAUACAGUAGGUGUUAAAUUAUGUAUUUAAAACCUAAUUUGUAAUGGAAACCUAGCGAUAACAGGCUAAAUCUACUGCACACCCAGACCUGAUUAAUGAAGGUGCUGGAGCCAAAAGGCAAAACUGGAGAAACAGGAAAAAGUCUCUGCACGCUUCCAGUCAGAUGCAAAUGUAUUUCGGUCAGCCGACCUUGUCACGAAUUCAGCCGAGGCUGCCCCUCCUCCUUGCUCGGGCAGGCUUCGGCGUUCGUCGUCACCGGAGUACUAGCUGCUACCGAUCCAUGUUUCUAUGUUCUACUUGUUUUGUCUGUAUUGGUCUCACCUGUUUCCCAUCAUGUAAUUAUGUCUUCCCUAUAUAACCCUCUGGCUCACACUGUGUGUUGUGCGUGUUUGUUCAUGUAUUGGUUGUCGUAUGUGAGCGGGUUUGUUCCUCCCUGCGUGGAGGUAUGUUCAUUUAGAUACCUACGAGUAAAGUACAUUUUUCGAUUAGCUCUGUGUCCUGCACCUGACUUCGUCCUACCGCAUUACACUGACGCCUUGACAGACCUUCAUCAAGAAACCUGUCCAAAUAGGUGAAUGAUAGAAAGAGAAGUGUAAUUUGAUCAACUUACCAAUCCAGGGAGACUGUCCUAUUACAACAAUGUUAAAAAUAAGAAAAACUCCAGCACACUGGUAAUCUUGAUGCUGAUCUUAUUCACCAACGUUUCGGUCUCAAACAAUCUUCAUCAGGGUAUUUUUACAGGGAGAUAAAACUCAUUGUCUUUUAAAGUGACAGACAAUAAGUGUUCCAACAAUCUAACAGUAUUAUUACUAUUAGUACUAUUAUUGCAACCACUGACAACUAUUAUCUCUACCAUUACCACUAUUACUACCAUGAAACCUGCAGCACUAUAUGGCUGUUUUAGAGCAGAGAAUUGUGUUUUGUUGCACAACAGAGAAAUUGUGUUUACUCUAGCUGGCAAUUGAUGUGGUGAAUUUGGAUUGGAUAAACAUCCAACACCUGCAUCAGAUAUGCCAGUAAAUUGAUGUCAUGUUUUCAGGACUUGCAGUACAAGACCAUCCCAGACAGCUGUACACAGUAAGUAGACCAAUAACAUUUGGUUUGAGUUAUUAUUUCCAGUACUAUUCCAUCUGUCUGGUCCUUGUCAAGUAAAAAAACGCCAUCUUUCCUUAUUCCUUAUCUUCUUUGUUCCCUCUUCAUUGUUUUCUUUCUCAGGUCAACUUUACCUCCACCCUGGGAACGUUAAACGUGGCAGCGGAGGUUGAGGGGGUAAAGGUCAAAGGUGACGGGGAGAUGCACAUGACCCUGACCAGCAGCCUGCUGUCCAACCUGAACCGGCAGCUACAGUUUGUCACCUACACCAACACACUGUUCCACCCUAGUACAGCAGACACUGGUGAGGCCAGACACACCUGUCUUUCUGUUGUGUGCUACUUCUUUCUGGGUUUUGUCCAUUAUCAAAGUCCUAUGCCAAAUAACAUCUGUAAUAUAUUUGUGGUAAUGAGGUUGGAAAUACUCUUGCUGUGUCUUUCAGUGCAGUUUGAGACAGAGGGUCACCAAGCCAUGUUUACUAUCAAGGUCCGUCAUGGUGUAACUCCGAAACUCUACAACACGGGACCCAAAGGGGGUAUGUCGACAAAUACAACGGCCGACUGUAUCUGUCAGAACAGCACAACACUAAAAAAUAACAAAUAAUAAUUGCAUCUGAGAUCAACGUAUGUAAUGUCAAAUACCCUAACUUUUGUCUCUCUCUGUUUCCCUUCUAGAAUACAACAUCAGUGCCCUUGUUACCAUAGCAACCAAAACGUUCCUGCGCUAUGACAAGCUCCAAGAUCUCAUCGACAGUGUGCGACAAUACUAUUCCACUGUCACCAUAGUAAUAGCUGAUGACAGUGAAAACCCUAAGACAGUCUCUGGCCCCUACAUCGAACAUUAUAUCAUGCCAUUUGGAAAGGUAUAUAUUUUUUUUUACAUAUUUGCAAGUACAUCAAAUAAAAUAAAUUUGUAUUUGCCACAUGCGCCGAAUACAACAGGUUUAGACAUUACAGUGAAAUGCUUACUUACAAGCCCUUAACCAACAAUGCAUUAAAAAAUAUAUAUAAGUGUUAAGUAAAAAAAAUUAAAGCAAAUAACUAAAGAGCAGCAGUAAAAUCAAAUAACAGUAGGGAGGCUAUAUACAGGGGGGUACCGGUGCAGAGUCAAUGUGUGGGGGCACCGGCUAGUCGAGGUAAUUGAGGUAAUAUGUACAUGUGGGUAGAGUUAAAGUGACUAUGCAUAAAUAAUAGACAGAGUAGCAGCAGCGUAAAAGAGGGGGGUGGGGGUGGGGGUGGGGGGGCAGUGCAAAUAGUCCGGGUAGCAAUGAUUAGCUGUUCAGGAGUCUUAUGGCUUGGGGGUAGAAGCUGUUGAUAAGCCUUUUGGACCUAAACUUGGCGCUCCGGUACCGCUUGCCGUGCGGUAGCAGAGAGAACAGUCUAUGACUAGGGUGGCUGGAGUCUUUGACAAUUUUUAGGGCCUUCCUCUGACACAUCCUGGUAUAGAGGUCCUGGAUGGCAGGAAGCUUGGCCCCAGUGAUGUACUGGGCCAUACGCACUACCCUCUGUAGUGCCUUGUGGUCGGAGGCCGAGCAGUUGCCAUACCAGGCGGUGAUGCAACCAGUCAGGAUGCUCUCGAUGGUGCAGCUGUAGAACAUUUUGAGGAUCUGAGGACCCAUGCCAAAUCUUUUCAGGCUCCUGAGGGGGAAUAGGCUUUGUUGUGCCCUCUUCACGACUGUCUUGGUGUGUUUGGACCAUGAUAGUUCGUUGGUAAUGUGGACACCAAGGAACUUGAAGCUCUCAACCUGUUCCACUACAGCCCCGUCGAUGAGAAUGGGGGCCUGCUCAGUCCUCUUUUUUUUCCUGUAGUCCACAAUCAUCUCCUUUGUCUUGAUCACGUUGAGGGAGAGGUUGUUAUCCUCGCACCACACGGCCAGGUCUCGAACCUCCUCCCUAUAGGCUGUCUCAUCAUUGUCGGUGAUCAGGCCUACCACUGUUGUGUUGUCAGCAAACUUAAUGAUGGUGUUGGAGUCGUUUCUGGCCAUGCAGUCAUGGGUGAACAGGGAGUACAGGAGGGGACUGAGCACGCACCCCUGAGGGGCCCCGUGUUGAGGAUCAGCGUGGCAGAUGUGUUGUUACUUACCUGGGGGCGGCCCGUCAGGAAGUCCAGGAUCCAGUUGCAGAGGGAGGUGUUUAGUCCCAGGAUCCUUAGCUUAGUGUUGAGCUUUGAGGGCACUAUGGUGUUGAAUGCUGAGCUGUAGUCAAUGAACAGCAUUCCCACGUAGGUGUUCCUCUUGUCCAGGUGGGAAAGGGCAGUGUGGAGUGCAAUAGUGAUUGCAUCAUCUGUGGAUCUGUUGGGGCGGUAUGCAAAUUGGAGUGGGUCUAGGGUUUCUGGGAUAAUGGUGUUGAUGUGAGCUAUGACCAGCCUUUCAAAGCACUUCAUGGCUACAGACGUGAGUGCUACGGGUUGGUAGUCAUUUAGGCAGGUUACCUUAGUGUCCUUGGGCACAGGGACUAUGGUGGUCUGCUUGAAACAUGUUGGUGUUACAGACUCAGUCAGGGACAUGUUGAAAAUGUCAGUGAAGACACUUGCCAGUUGGUCAGCACAUGCUCCAAGUACACGUCAUGGUAAUCCGUCUGGCCCUGCGGCCUUAUGAAUGUUGCCCUGCUUAAAAAUCUUACUCACAUCGGCUACGGAGAGCGUGAUCACAUAGUCAUGCUCUCAUGCAUGCUUCAGUGUUGCUUGCCUCGAAGCGAGCAUAUAAGUGAUUUAGCUCAUCUGGUAGGCUUGUGUCACUGGGUCUGCUCGCGGCAGUGCUUCCUUUUGUAGUCUGUAAUAGUUUUCAAGCCCUGCCACAUCCGACGAGUGUCAGAGCCGGUGUAGUACGAUCCAAUCUUAGUCCGGUAUUGACUCUUUGCCUGUUUGAUGGUUCGUCGGAGGGCAUAGCGGGAUUUCUUAUAAGCGUCCGGGUUAGAGUCCCGCUCCUUGAAAGCGGCAGCUCUACCCUUUAGCUCAGUGCGGAUGUUGCCUGUAAUCCAUGGCUUCUGAUUGGGGUACGUACGGUCACUGUAAACUUAUUGAUGAAGCCAGUGACUGAUGUGGUGUACUCCUCAAUGCUAUCUGAAGAAUCCCGGAACAUAUUCCAGUCUGUGCUAGCAAAACAGUCCUGUAGCUUAGCAUCUGCAUCAUCUGACCACUUUUUUAUUAACAGAGUCACUGGUGCUUCCUGCUUUAGUUUUUGCUUAUAAGCAGGAAUCAGGAGGAUAGAGUUAUGGUCAGGUUUGCCAAAUGCAGGGCGAGGGAGAGCUUUGUAUGCGUCUCUGUGUGUGGAGUAAAGGUGGUCUAGAGUUUUUUUUCCCCUCUGGUUGCACAUUUAACAUGCUGGUAGAAAUGAGGUAGAAAGGAUUUAAGUUUCCCUGCAUUAAAGUCCCCGGCCACUAGGAGCGCUGCAUCUGGAUGAGCAUUUUCCUGUUUACUUAUGGCCUUAUACAAAUUGGAAGGGAUGGGAUACAGUGUACGUGUACAGUUGAAGUUGGAAGUUUACAUACACCUUAGCCAAAUACAUUUAAACUCAGUUUUUCACAAUUCCUGACAUUUAAUCCUAGUAAAAAUUCCCUGUUUUAGGUCAGUUAGGAUCACCACUUCAUUUUAAGAAUGUGAAAUGUCUGAAUAAUAGUAGAGAGAUUGAUUUAUUUCAGCUUUUAUUUCUUUCAUCACAUUCCCAGUGGGUCAGAAGUUUACAUACACUCAACUAGUAUUUGGUAGCAUUGCCUUUAAAUAGUUUAACUUGGGUCAAAUGUUUCGGGUAGCCUUCCACAAGCUUCCCACAGUAAGUUGGGUGAAUGUUGGCCCAUUCCUCCUGACAGAGCUGGUGUAACUGAGUCAGGUUUGUAGGCCUCCUUACUCGCACUCAUUUUUUCAGUUCUGCCCACAUAUUUUCUAUAGGAUUGAGGUCAGGGCUUUGUGAUGGCCACUCCAAUACCUUGACUUUGUUGUCCUUAAGCCAUUUUGCCACAACUUUGGAAGUAUGCUUGGGGUCAUUGUCCAUAUGGAAGACCCAUUUGCGACCAAGCUUUAACUUCCUGACGGAUGUCUUGAGAUGUUGCUUCAAUAUAUCCACAUAAUUUUCCUUCCUCAUGAUGCCAUCUAUUUUGUGAAGUGCACCAGUCCCUCCUGCAGCAAAACACCCCCACAGCAUGAUGCUGCCACCCCCGUGCUUCACGGUUGAGAUGGUGUUCUUCGGCAUGCAAGUCUCCCCUUUUUCCUCCAAACAUAAUGAUGGUCAUUAUGGCCAAACAGUUCUAUUUUGGUUUCAUCAGACCAGAGAACAUUUCUCAAAAAAGUACGAUCUUUGUCCCCAUGUGCAGUUGCAAACUGUAAUCUGUCUUUUUUAUGGCGGUUUUGGAGCAGUAGCUUCUUCCUUGCUGAGCGGCCUUUCAGGUUAUGUCGAUAUAGGACUCGUUUUACUGUGGAUAUAGAUACUUUUGUACCUGUUUCCUCCAGCAUCUUCACAAGGUCCUUUGCUGUUGUUCUGGGAUUGAUUUGCACUUUUCACACCAAAGUACGUUCAUCUCUAGGAGACAGAACGUGUCUCCUUCCUGAGCAGUAUGACGGCUGCGUGGUCCCAUGGUGUUUAUACUUGCAUACAGUGGCGGCUCCUGAAAAAAUUCUCAGGGGGGGCAAUUUUUCUGAUGAUUUAGGUGACCUACACACAUUUUAAAAAAGAUAUGUCCAGCAACAACAUGAAGACAGGGGCAGCAUAUAAGUCAAUACCAGAAGCAUUUAUUGACUGAUCUGGGGAGGUGGAUUCCAGUUUCUGUGACAGAUUAUAAAUAAUCUCUGAUGCCUUUGUUAUAUUAGCUUUUGGUUGAAUGUACACAACGGUAACAAACAAUUGGGGGAACUCACGGGGCAGAUAGUAAGGUCGCAGUGACACAGAAAGCAGUUCAAUGUCGGGGGUACAGAGUCGCUCUCUUACCAGGAUCGAUUUUCCCUGUGACUGUCAGAUCGCGGUCCGCUCUGACCAGGGUGAAGCCGGCCGGCUCCACUUCUCUGUCCGGGACUCUGUCAUCCAGCCAAGUCUCAGUAAAUGCCAGCAAACAGGCCUCCCGAUAUUCGUGUUGGAAGCGCAGAUUCGCUGACAACUCAUCCGCUUUCCCCCUCAGUGACUGGGCAUUAAUCAGCAAGGUGGUGGGUAAGGGAAGUUUGUUCUGCUGUAUUGGAUUCCGCUGCCAGCAGCGUUUUCAUUAUUUAGUCCGUUCGUAGCGGGUAUGUACACGAUCAACAAGAUCAGUCCAAAACCCACCACUGGAAAUCCAUGGUUGGCAGAAUGUUUGUAAACUAAGUGUACAAAUUAAAAACAUAAAAUAACGCCACUAAGUGUACAAAUUAAAAACAUAAGAUAACGCCACACUGCAGGUCGCAACAGAGACGCUGCUACCCGCUAUUUUCUUAGUUACGUUCAUGGUUACGUUACGUAUGACGAAAGCGCGUAAGUGCAAGCCCUCAGAAACCCAUAGAGAUUGUAUUGAAAGCUCUGAAAUUUGAAAAAAAUAGAUUUUACAUGGGAGUCUAUGACAGACUUCUGGGCGAUUUUCAACCUGACUGAAAUCGCCCCAAAAGGGGGGGGGGGGGGCAUUUGAAGCACGACUUUAGCCUGAUUGGACAUUUAGUGGCAGUCAGAUCAGAUUAGAACACUGAUAACUACUGUUGCCGUGAUAUAAUUGAUUAGAAAAAAAAUCCCUUCCUUUUCCCGUUUGGCAGUGCGUCGCCCAUAUCGCCCUAUUGAACACACCGCCCCUGCUUGCAUACUAUUGUUUGUACAGAUGAACGUGGUACCUUCAGGCAUUUGGAAAUUGCUCCCAAGGAUGAACCAGACUUGUGGAGGUCUACCAUUUUUUUCUGAGGUCUUGGCUGAUUUCUUUUGAUUUUCCCAUGAUGUCAAGCAAAGAGGCACUGAGUUUGAAGGUAGGCCUUGAAAUACAUCCACAGGUACACCUCCAAUUGACUCAAAUGAUGUCAAUUAGCCUAUCAGAAGCUUCUAAAGUCAUGACAUCAUUUUCUGGAAUUUUCCAAGCUGUUUAAAGGCACAGUCAACUUAGUGUAUGUAAACUUCUGACCCACUGGAAUUGUGAUACAGUGAAUUAUAAGUGAAAUAAUCUGUCUGUAAACAAUUGUUGGAAAAAUGGAUGUCCUAACCGACUUGCCAAAACUAUAGUUUGUUAACAAGAAAUUUGUGGAGUGGUUGAAAAAUGAGUUUUAAUGACUCCAACCUAAGUGUAUGUAAACUUCCGACUUCAACUGUACCUGUCAAGUCAAAAAUGUGUCUAACACUAACAUUGUUUGCUUAAAUGAUACUUGACAGAUGCCCUUUAGUGAAAAAGUUUUGAAGAAACAUUCUUGAAAAAAAGUCCUGUCUGUGAUUUCCUUGGUUGUCCUGUCACUGUUUCUGCUUCCUCUUUCUCACAUCAUGUUCUCUGUGUCACAACAACUAGGGCUGGUUUGCAGGAAGGAACCUAGCCGUUUCCCAGGUGACUACCAAGUAUGUGCUGUGGGUGGACGAUGACUUCAUCUUCACGGCCAACACCAAGCUGGAGAAACUGGUUGACGUCCUGGAGAGGACCACCCUGGACCUGGUGAGGGGGCACAGGCCGUGUCAUACUGUAUUGUAGACCUGGGUUCAAAUACUAUUUGAAAUUGUUGAAAUACUUUGAGUGUUAGUGCCAAUAAUUCAACAAUGGUCCACUUUCUGUGCAACAGUCAAAGCCAGUUCAGAAGCAUUCUCUGGACUCUGAACACAUUGGUUACUCACUGGGAUUUACUCUGCAGAUUCACCACAUUCUAUCUUGGGUAGCAUGAGGAAACACAAUCAACAUUCCAGUCAUUUUGCCAGACAGACACAACUUAUCAUGAUUUCAAUGAAAAGAGUAUUGAAAUAAACUAUGUUAGCUGUCUUCUGAAGAUGACAAAUGAGGAGGAGGCAUUCCACUCUGUUGAUGUGGAUGACCUAGCUAGCCACAUCCAGUCUAUCAUCUCACGAAUGCGGUAACAUUGCCUUUAAAAGCUGCAUUGUCUAAAAGCGUGAUAAGAUUGAAUCCUGGCCUUGUUCUCUACUUACAGAAGAAAACAAACUCAAACACGGAUGCAAGCAAUCUCUCAACACACUCUUCCUCUCUCUCAUCCUCUCUUCUUCACUGAUGUGUACAGGCAUAUUCUUGCUCUGUAGCACAUGCACACCACAGCAAUAUUACUAAUGCGCGCGUGCACACUCACACAAACACGCACACAUGCAGGCACGCAUGCAUGCACACACACACGUCACACACACACAUGCACACAAUCCUAGCACAAAAGCCACAAAAGCUGACACCCACACAUAAGGCUUGUAAUGAAUGAUCUGUUUGUGUCUGUUUGAGGGUGAAGGGUGUUUUGGCUAGAGCCUGAAUCCCACACAGAGACUUACUGUGUGCUGGGGGAAUAGAAUAGACCUCUUGUGUACCAUAGACUGGGACUCCAACUCUUGAGAGGGGAGUCUAUGGGUUACACAUGUCAGCAGCUGUUCUGGUGGACACUUUGAAUCCCUUCUUUCUUCGGACCCCAGAGGCACAGACAGACAAACAUGGGACAGAGAUACUUCUCGUUUUUCUGGUUCCUAUUUUGUUUAUUGUGUCCUUUGGAAAGAAGAAGUGAUCAAGGAUCCAACUGUUUCCAUCGGUUUCCUUCUGAAUUCAUAUAUCAAAUCACUACAGCAUGCACUCAAUAUCAACUUCAGUCAGACAAUUGGAAGUACCACUAAUGUUUGUUUUGUACACAGUAUACAGUGCAUUCGGGAAAAUAUUCAGUCCCCUUGACUUUUUCCAUAUUUUGUUACGUUACAGCCUUAUUCUAAAAUAGAUUAAAUAACUCAUCAAAAUACCCCAUAAUGACAAAGCGAAAACAGGUUUUUAGAAAUGUUAGCAAAUUUAUUAAAAAUAAAAAACUUUCCAGAAGGACGACCAUCUCUGCAGCACUCCACCAAUCAGGCAUUUAUGGUAGAGUGGCCAGACAGAAGCCACUCCUCAGUAAAAGGCACAUGACAGCCCGCUUGGAGUUUUCCAAAAGGCACCCAAAGGACUCUCAGACCAUGACAAACAAGAUUCUCUGGUCUGAUGAAACCAAGAUUGAACUCUUUGACCUGAAAGCGUCAUGUCUGGAGGAAACCUUGUACCAUCCCUACGGUGAAGCAUGGUGGUGGCAGCAUCAUGCUGUGGGGAUGUUUUUCAGCGGCAGGAACUGGGAGACUAGUCAGGAUAGAGGGAAAGAUGAACGGAGCAAAGUACAGAGAGAGAUCCUUGAUGAAAACCUGCUCCAGAGCGCUCAGGACCUCAGACUGGGGCGAAGGUUCACCUUCCAACAGGACAACGACCCUAAGCACACAGCAGCCGUGGCUUCGGGACAAGUCUCUGAAUGUCCUUCAGUGGCCCAGCCAGAGCCCGGACAUUAACCCGAUCGAACAUCUCUGGAGAGACCUGAAAAUAGCUGCGCAGUGAUUCUCCCCAUCCAACCUGAUAGAGGCUGAGAGGAUCUGCAGAGAAGAAUAGGAGAAACUCCCCAAAUACAUGUGUGCCAAGCUUGUAGCGUCAUACCCAAGAAGACUCAAGGCUGUAAUCACUGCCAAAGGUGCUUCACCAAAGUACUGAGUAAAGGGUCUGAAUGCUGAUGUAAAUGUGAUAUUUUUGUUCUUAUUUGUAAUAAAUUAGCCAAAAUUUCUAAAAACCUGUUUUUGCUUUGUCAUUAUGGGGUAUUGAGUGAGGGGAAUGUCAUUGAUGAGGGGAAAAAAUCAAUUUUAUGAAUUUUAGAAUAAGGCUGUAACGUAACAAAAUCUGGAAAAAGUCAAGGGGUCAGAAUACUUUCUGAAUGCACUGAAUGUGCUUUGUGUGUAUGUGUGUGUCAGAAUCAGUUAAUGCAUCGUUUAUAUGCACUAUCUGUGUUUUAUGCACUGACUCUGUGUGUGGGUGUUUAAUUUAGGUGGGUGGUGCAGUGCGGGAGGCCACAGGCUACACUGCCACCUACAGGCAGACCAUCUCCAUUGAGCCAGGGGAGGAGGAGGGGGACUGUCUGCACAUGCGGAGGGGCUUCCACCACAUCAUCCAGGGCUUCCCAAACUGCGUGGUCACUGACGGGGUCAUCAACUUCUUCCUGGCCCGCACAGACAAGGUCCAGCAAGUGGGCUUUGACCCACGUCUGGCCAGAGUGGCCCACCUGGGUGAGUACAGACCCAAAUCCCACCACCACACAGAGUGUACCUGUCCAUAACAUCAGCUGUACCAGUGGCCCACCUGGGUGCUACCCAGAGCCGGGCUCCUGCACCUUAUGGGUCCAAAGAGGAGUAGGAUAGAAAGUUGGAUAAAAGUACUAACCCUAACCAUAGCUUUGUGUCCACAUCCUGGUUCAACCCUAUACCCAACCCUAGCCAUGUCCCUAAGCCUAACCCUAGCUUCAUGUCCACACCCCGAUUCAACCCUAACCCUAGCCAUAACCCUAACCCUAAUCUUGGCAUAACUCUAACCCUAAACCCUAAUCUUGGCAUAACCAUAACCUUGUGUUUAACCCUGGCUCAACCCUGAACCUAACCCUCCAAAUAGGGCUCGUCCAUGUCCGAAUUCACAAUUUAACCCCCGAGCUGCACCAUCUACAUUUGGAAGAAAGUGAUAUAGGUAACAGUUCUUCAAAACCAGUCUGAAUAGUAAUUAAUUAACAUGUAUCAAAAAGCUCAAGAAGGGACAGGAAUAGCUUAUUCUCAAAUGUUUGUUAGUUGCAUUUGUACAUAUAAAUUGUAUGAUACUUGAAGUUCCCUUAGCAUAAAAACUAACCUCGUUCCUUUUGCUCUGACUCCUUGGUUCUUGUCACAGAGUUUUUCAUUGAUGGCCUUGGCUCACUUCACGUGGGAUCCUGUGAUAAUGUCAUCGUCAACCACGCCACCAAGAUCAAGCUUCCCUGGGUCAGCCAAUCAGAGAGUGACAAGACGUAUGCCAAGUUCCGCUACCCACCAGCCUCCUCGGAUGCCACACACACCAAAAACGGCCUCCUCUAUUUCAAGAACCGCUUCCAGUGUUUGACUCACAAUUAA